ACCAGAGAAUUUUCGAUCGUAAAAACUAUGUCGAGACCAUCGUCGGCGAUGGAAACGGAAACGGCGCCGUUUUCAGCUAUCAAACCGGAGGAAUUCAAGCAUAGCCCUGUUCACUACGCCGUCGUCCUGCGUGAUCACGCCACUUUGACUCGAUUAGUUUCCACUCUGCCAAAGCUAGCUGACCCUGCUCAGAUCCACACGGAGUGUGAAUCACUGAGUCAAGAGCGAUUAGCUGAGAAAAUCUCCGCCGUUCUCGACCGCCGGGAUGUCCCUUUCCGUGAAACUCCUCUCCACCUUGCUGUCCGCUUAAACGACGUCGUUGCUGGCAAAACACUCGCUAUGGCUGGUGCUGACGUGUCUCUCCAGAACGCGGCGGGUUGGAAUCCUCUCCAGGAGGCGCUUUGUCGCCGGAGCUCAGAUAUUGCUUUGGUUUUAUUGAAACUCCACCACCGUUCCGCUUGGUCUAAGUGGCGCCGCCGUUUACCUCGCGUAAUCGCCGUCUUCCGCCGAAUGCGGGACUUCUACAUGGAAAUCUCUUUCCACUUUGAAAGCUCUGUGAUUCCGUUCGUUGGAAAAAUUGCUCCUUCCGAUACCUACAAGAUCUGGAAACGCGACGGAAAUCUUCGAGCAGACACUUCAUUAGCUGGAUUCAACGGCUUAAAAAUCCAACGCGCCGAUCAAAGUUUUCUCUUCCUCGGCGACGGCGAUAGCCUCCACAACAUCCCUUGCGGUUCAUUGCUAGUCCUCAACCGGGACGAUCACAAAAUCUUCGACGCAUUCGAAAAUGCCGGGGCUCCGAUGAACGAAUCCGACGUUGCCGGUUUUUGUUCCCAAACAAGUGUGUACCGACCCGGAAUGGACGUAACCAAAGCUGAACUCGUCGGAAGAACGAACUGGAGACGCCAAGAGAAAACAGAGAGCGUCGGUGAAUGGAAAGCCAAAGUUUACGAACUUCAUAACGUGAUUUUCAGCUUCCGGUCUCGAAAAGUGGUGGGCUCCGAAAACGACGCCGCUGGAAGUGAACAAGUGUUACCCUUAGAGCUCGACGAAGACGAUGACGGUUUCUUGGUAUGCGAAAACCCGAAUUUCGCAAUGCCUGAUCGAAGAAGGCAUAGUAGCUUUGUGAGAGAAGAGAGAGAGUGGAUUUCGGUAGGGAGGAAGAGUGUCGACGUUUUCCCUUCCGCUGCGGCGGUUCCUCCUAGAAGGUCGACGUCUUUCGCCCCGGUGAAAACGGUGAUUCCGCCACCGCAAACGAAGGAGAAAGAGUACGUUCGGAGUUUGCGGCCAUCUGUUUGGUUAACGGAACAAUUCCCAUUAAAAACAGAAGACUUGUUACCUUUACUUGAUAUUUUGGCAAACAAAGUGAAAGCUGUUCGAAGAAUGCGAGAUUUGUUGACUACCAAAUUCCCACCGGGAACGUUUCCGGUUAAGUUGGCGAUUCCAGUCGUGCCGACAGUGAGGGUGGUGAUAACGUUUACUAAAUUCGUCGAACUCCAAUCAACGGAGCAGUUUUUCACCCCCCUCUCGAGUCCUAGAUAUUUCUCCAACGAAGGAGUUGGAAGAGACCAAACAGAGGAGGAUCAGAAGUCAGAUAAACAUACUUCAUCAUUGCCGUCUUUGUCGUGGUCAUCAUCAACGACGGCAUGGUUGAGGCGAAACAAUAGUCAAUCAGCAUCGAGUAGCAAGCAGCAACAGCGGCAGCGGGCGGCGCAACUAGAGGAUCCUUUUGCUAUUCCUAGUGGAUAUAGUUGGACCAAUGUGGAUAAGUCUGGCAAGAUGAAGAAAUCUAAGUCCACAAGGAAAUUAAAGUAAAAAGUGUUCAAAAUA